AUUGUGCGCACGCUAGCACUUACAGUAACGUUAAUAGUUUUAAAUUAGCAUGGUCCUCUCACAAUUUAAACUAGUUUCGCACAGUCUGGAAAAAUCACAUAUUUUGACGUCAAUCAAUGCAGCAAUUAUCCUUGGUUUGCAAACAUAUGUGCAUAUAAAGAUGAACCGUUCCCUUUGCGCCCACAGUAAACAUGUUCACAAUCCCAAACUACACGUGCCUUUUUGCGACGAUCUUCCAAUUGAGCUUCGCUGCGGUUCCGUUCCAAGUGUGCAAACGAACCGACCCGAAAUUGGCGGAGUGCCUGAAACCCGCCAUCGAGAACGCGCUGAUCUUACUCGAAAAUGGGUUUCCCGAGUACGGAAUUCCCUCGAUCCAGCCAAUAUCGGUUGAAUCGUGGAUGGAUCCGGCGAGACCUCCUCUGGUCUACGAUCAGAAGUUUCGCAACUCCAAGUUUUACAAUUACCCGCUGACCAAAAUAGAGGAUCUGAGCAUCAACAUUGACGACCCCAAAAUUUUCAUCGGAUUUACGGCGCACAACCACAACUUGUCCUAUGAAACCGAAUUUGAGUUCGACGGCGCAAUCAUCGACGGCGAGGACUUGAGCUGUUCGGGAGACCUAACUUGUAUUUACACCGAAAUGGAGUUUCAACUUAACUUCACCGGAAUAGAGGUGACCAUCGGUGUGGACAAGAAGAUCAACAUAACAAACGUAGACAUGAACGUAAUAAGCAUGGAGAGGUUCUACAUCGAAUUCCGCGGUAAGGACACCGAGCGCGUGACGAAGCUGAGCAAGUUCUACCAUGACAACGCUCAGUACCUCGUCGCCAAAGAAAAGGAUGUCUACGAACAGGCCUACGCUAACAUCUUCAAAGUCGUCGCCAACGACGUGCUAUCCAAGUUUUCCUUCGAUUCCCUCUUUCCCAAGUAACAUUCUCCAAAUGGUCAGCACAAACUUUCAGAUACCGUCGUAACAUCAUUGCAAAAUCAAUAAAUACACUUAUUUAAGAGCGGGGGGUGCUUUUCCUGUUGCAUGUACAAUGUCAUUCGUGUACGACCCUGGUUGUUUGAUGUCGGGAGUCGGGACUGUUUCUUUACGUGGUAUUUGUUAGGUAAAGAAUAAUACUUCGUUUAAGACUUGUUUAAUUUGCUUCUACGAAACGCUUACAUUGUGCAUCUAACCAAUGGUUCUCGACAUUGUUGCCAACUUAACUCUAACUAACUUAAACCUAUACAAGGUACUCCAACAUCCCCUUUGUUACAGAUCUAGUUUCACAGGCGCUUUAACAAUUCUUCCGCUUUUAGUAACUACAUCCCCUGGAGCUAACUCUGACUUAUUUUCUAUUACAUUAUUAUUUUCGUUCUUAAUAUCUAUAUAUACUUUAGUAGGCUCUGGUCUUAUAUCAUUCCUAACUACAUCCUGCUCACUUCCCUCUUUUCUCAUAGUAAAUGAUGGACAAUUGCGUUUGUAAUUAAUUUUAAUGAAUUUUCUGUUCCGUAUCAACAUAGCGCCAUUCUCCAUCUUUACUUUGUAUGUAUACUAACUACCCUGCCUGGUGUCCAUACAGUGUUUGGUUUUAUUUGUACCAUUACAUGCAUUCCUAUGUCUAAUUCUGGUAAUUUCUUAGCUCUUUUGUCAUAGUAGUGCUGACUAGUAACUUGCCUCUCAUUUAAAAAUUUAUUAUACUGAUUUUGUUUAAUUACUUUCGGUAAAAGAUUUUGAUUUGUGAUAGGUAAGCUGAUUGAUCUUAAUUUUCUAGACAUUAAUAUUUCCGCUGGUGAAUAAUCAUUGUCAAUUUUUUGAUUUCGGUAUGUCAACAAUGCCAUUUGUAAAUCUUUAUUAUCUUCAAUGAUCUUUUUAAACAUUUUUUUAGCAGUUUGUACAUUCCUUUCGGCCAUUCCAUUGGAUUGUGCAUUUGUAGGUGACGUUAAGAUAUGAUUAAAUUCCCAAUUCUUUGCAAAAACUUUAAAUUCAUAUGAUGAAAAUUGUGGACCCCCAUCAGUUACCAAUGUUAAUGGAAUCCCAUGUCGAGCAAACAUAGUUUUCAAUAACUCAAUUAUUUUGUUACUAGUUGUGUUUAUACCUAAUUUCUCUAUUUCCAAAUAUUUUGAAUAAUAAUAAUCUAUUACUAAUAAAUACUUUUGCCCUCUAAUUUCAAAUAAAUCACACCCUACCUUAUUCCAUGGUAUUCUGGGAAUUUCGUGACUCUGCAAUGGUUCUUUUAUUUGUGAGUUGGAAUAUUUCAUACAAAUUUCACAGUUUAUUAUCGUUUGCUUUAUGUCAUUAUUCAUGUUAGGCCAAAAUAUUGACUCUGAAGCUAUCCUUAUGCAUUUUUGAAUACCUGAGUGAUUGUAAUGGACUCUUUCAAGCAUUUCUUUUCGCAUUAAACGUGGUAUUACUAAAGCUGUAUUUCUAAAAAUUAAAUCAUUUAUAACUGUU